AUGGCCUUUGGAUCAGUAUACCGACUGCUGGGGGUCCUGCUAGUUUCACUGUCCCUGAAUACUCUGACCGCUGCACGCUCAUGUUGGAAUCAGCGCACGGCAAUUAAUGGCACUGAUUUUCCCCCAUUGAUCGAGGCCACCACAGAAGAUCUCAUCCGUGGGCUGGAAUCGGGCCUGUUCACAAGCGUCGAUCUUGUCACAGCAUACAUUGCACGCAUCAUGGAAGUCAACGCGACUUUGCAUAUGGUGACCCAGCUCAACCCGGAUGCUCUUUCUAUCGCCGCAGAACUCGAUGGGCAACGCGCGCAAGGCAUCGUUCGCGGUCCACUCCAUGGUAUACCGAUACUGAUCAAAAACAAUAUUGCUACUGCUGAUGAAAUGGACAAUACUGCCGGCUCACAUGCGCUUGCCGGUGCCAAGGUUCCUCGAGACAGCACAAUUGCCGCCAAUCUGAGGAAGGCUGGAGCUGUGAUUUUAGGGAAGACCAACUUGAGCCAAUGGGCGAAUUACCGAUCGUUCAAUACUAGCAACGGCUGGUCUGCCAUCGCAGGGCAGACGGUCGGUGCUUAUUAUCCUGGUCAAGAUCCCAGUGGUAGCAGUUCUGGCAGCGGCGUUUCUUCUUCGUUGGGGCUGGCCUUGGCUGCCUUGGGCACUGAGACGGAUGGCAGCAUUCUGAGCCCUUCGGACGUCAACAAUCUUGUUGGAAUCAAGCCUACUGUCGGAUUGACGUCUCGUGAUCUGGUUGUUCCCAUAUCUGAACACCAAGACACUGUCGGGCCCAUGGCUCGGACCGUCAAAGAUGCGGCCUACGUACUGUCAGCGAUAGCGGGCAAGUCUCCAUACGACAACUACACAUCUGCAAUUCCCUUCGACAUUAUUCCUGACUACGUAGCGGCAUGUAACUUUUCGGGCCUGCAAGGAAAGAGGAUUGGCGUACCACGGAACCUCAUUGAUCUAUCUUUUGACGCAACUGCUGCACCAAUCGUUCCUGUCUUCAACGCUGCCCUGGACGUCCUUCGCGCUGCAGGAGCGACCAUCAUUGAUAACACCAACUUCACUGGCUAUGACGCUCUCAAUGAAGGCAACUUCUCCAAUAUCGUCCUGGAAGCGGAUUUUAUAAGUGAUCUUGCCAACUAUCUCUCACAGCUCUCGCACAAUCCCAACCAUGUCUACUCUGUGGCAGACGUUCGCAACUUUACUCACUCAUCUCCUUUGGAGGAUUGGCCUGAGCGUGACACGUUAGUCUGGGACGGUGCGCUAGAGCUGGGCUUCAACAACACUUCGCCAGACUUUUGGUCGAACUAUACCAUGAAUACGUAUCUGGCCGGUCCACUUGGAGUCACAGGCGCGCUUGCCAACUACUCCUUGGAUGCUCUGGUGUUGCCAACGGAGUUUUCGCCCAAUUUCCCUGCUCUGAUUGGCUCACCCGUCGUAACAGUACCUCUCGGAGCGUUCCCUCCCGACACAGCAGUUACUCCCAACGGGUUUGGUAACCUGAAUGCCACCGCACCUAAUCUCCCUUUCGGAAUCAGUUUCAUGGGGCCACAUUUCAGUGAAGAGUUGCUCAUCGGGAUGGCUUACGCCUUUGAGCAGAGAACCCUGGUCCGAAACACCAUCACGCCCUACAUUCAAGCCGCGGUGGAGCUUGUGGACGUGGUCAAUGCGAAGCUGAGCAAGACACGGGACUAG